AUGGGCCUGCAAGAAGAAACCAAAAAGGUCGUGUCGCAGUUUGAAUUCUCCGACGCAGACAUCAACAUCCAUGUCGCCGAAUUCAUUCAGCAGAUGAACACUGGUCUCGAGCAGGAUGGCACCAGCGUUAGCCAGAUCCCGACCUACGUCACUGCCGUCCCCAAUGGCACUGAAAAGGGGCUCUAUCUUGCCGUCGACCUCGGUGGCACCAACUUCCGCGUCUGCUCCAUCAUGCUCAAUGGUGACACCACCUUCAACCUGACCUACAACAAGGUUGCCAUCCCCAAGGAACUCAUGGUUGCCAAGACAGCCAAGGAGCUCUUUGCUUUCCUUGCUAAGCAGAUCGAGCUCUUCCUUCGCGAACACCACGCCGAUCACUUCGAAAGCCACGUCCGCCGACGCCACACGGCCAGCACUCCCCUGGGCUACCGCGACGAACACAUUUUCCGCCUUGGCUUCACCUUUAGCUUCCCUGUCCAGCAGCUUGGAAUCAAUAAGGGUAAGCUUAUCCGAUGGACCAAGGGCUUCGAUAUUCCUGAUGCCAUUGGCAAGGAUGUUUGCGCUCUGCUCCAAGACGAGAUUGACAGACUGCGACUCCCCGUCAAGGUCGCUGCGCUCGUCAACGACACUGUCGGAACCCUCAUGGCCCGCUCCUAUACCUCAGUCGGCAAACACCAAUCGAUUCUCGGCGCUAUUUUUGGCACCGGUACCAAUGGUGCGUACAUGGAAAAGACUUCCAAGAUCAAGAAGCCCAUUACCGGCGAAUACGACACUUCUACUGGUGAAAUGGUUGUCAACACCGAAUGGGGCUCGUUCGACAACCAGCUCAACGUUCUUCCCGUCACACCUUGGGACAAGAAGCUUGACCAGGAUAGUGUGAACAAAGGCUUCCAAAUGUUUGAGAAGCGCAUCUCUGGCAUGUUUCUCGGUGAGAUUGUGCGAUUGGCUAUCGUAGACAUGCUUGAAAAUAAAUCUACCGGCCUUUUCCAGGACACCAACUCCAGCUUCAACGAUCGCGUCACCACCACCAGCAUUGACCCCAAGUCUCUGCUCUUCAAGCAGUGGGGCUUGGACAGUGCUGUCAUGUCGGUCGCCGCCAGCGACAACACCCCUGAGCUUUCCACCCUGCGACAGGAGUUGGAAAAUACUUUGGGCGUGUACUCUGCCUCGCUCGAGGACGCGCAGGCGUUCAAGGCCAUCUCCAACGCAGUCGCGCGCCGCGCCGCUCGACUUUCUGCUGUCGCCAUUGGUGCUAUUGCCAUCCAGUCCGGCAAACUUGAGGAUUCUGAGUGCGAGCUUAUCGAUAUCGGUGUGGAUGGUAGUCUUGUUGAGCACUACCCCUUCUUCCGCGACAUGAUUUACGAAGCUCUCCGAGUGACGGACAGCAUCGGCCCUAAGGGCGCUGAUAAGAUUCGCAUCGGUAUUGCCAAGGAUGGAAGCGGUGUUGGCGCUGCUUUAAUUGCGUUGGUUGCUGCUAGCCGCGAGCAGCCUGGCGAUUUCCUGGCCGACUUGCGUACCGAUAUCAAGCGCGGCCUUGACCGUCUUCCCCAACACAUCGAGGAGUCGCCCCUGUCGAACAAUGCUGUGCUUGCCAUUGGCGCCGCCGCAGCCAUUGGUGUUGCGGCGUUGUGGUACUGGAGGCGUCAUUAG